AUGUCCUCCAAACCAACCCCACCAGCGACGGUUGCUGAACAGGAGGAGACCACCACAUUUAAUAUUUCCAAGCAGGAGCUGCUUGGUCUCCAGAUACAGGCGCUGCUGGAUGCCUCCGACGAUGUCGACCUCACCCCAGAGGUAGCUCAAGAACUCUUGAGUUGCCUACAGAGCGCGGACGACGGCGAUUCUGCCAACGAGGAUGGCGUUGUCGAUCCAGUUGCCGACGACGAGCCCCCACAGGAGAGCCAGGAAGAAGUACCUGAAGAGCCAUAUGUCGAUAUCGUGACGCGGAAUGGCGAGGUUGACAUUUGGUCCAUCUUUGACCCCUUCGAUAAAGCGGAGGACUCGUGGACCCGGCAAGAAAUCAGACAGAUUCUGCACCACUUGAAGGAGCGGGGGGCAAGCUCGUUCGUAGCGGAAUAUGUGAUCAAACGCGCUAUUCCCAUCACUAGACUUCUAAAUGCAUUUGGGUUCGACUUGCUGCCGGAGAUACUGAACAAAUCCGCACAAACGCUGCUGUACACUUUGCAAGUCGCGAUGUCAUUCCAUUUGCGGAAACGCGAGAAGUUACAGCAGUACAAUUCUAUUGCUGAUGCAGUCCAGUUAAUCCGAAAUUCUGAACGAAUACUUAUCCUCACCGGUGCAGGAAUCAGCGUUUCCUGCGGAAUCCCAGAUUUCCGGUCUAGAGAUGGUUUGUACGCCACGCUGAAGGAGCGCGGCGAAUACGAUAUGGAUGACCCUCAGCAAAUAUUUAUCAAAGCGGUGGAAGACCACGGUAAAAAUUACACCCAGAAUAUCGACACUCUAGAAACCCUUGUCGGCGUCGAACGCGUACUUCAGUGCCACGGGUCGUUUGCUACCGCAAGCUGUCUUAUGUGCAAACGUCAAGUCCCUGGGAAGGACAUCGAGAAGGAGAUCAUGUCGCAACAGGUCCCACUUUGUCCGGUAUGCAACGCACCUGAACAACAGCCACCUUGCCCUCCACCACCUCCAAAGAAGAAGAAACCGAAAAAGGGGAAGAAGGAAUGGGAAGAGAGUGAUUCGGAUGACGAUCGACCCCCACCCCCACAAUACCCACCGGGUCUAAUGAAGCCCGACAUAACCUUCUUCGGCGAGAAGCUCAAUGAUAGUUUCGAUCGUGCCCUCGCAGAGGAUCGGGAUAAAGUAGAUCUGCUGUUGGUGAUUGGGACCUCGCUGAAGGUGGCACCCGUGGCUGAUAUUUUAUGCAAUGCGGAUGAAAUAAUCGUUUAUCUGGCCGACGAACUGGGCUGGGAUCUGCCUCCGCCCGUGGCACAGGAAGCAAACGAAGGACGUCCUCAGCUCAAGCGCUCUCGUGGCUCGUUCAAGCGGAGGCUUUCUACCGAUUCAAGGAUAUUGAAGAUGCCGGAACGAGUGGGCGGGAGUCACAUAUGGCUAUUCGAUGGUGCGGAAGGCGGAAAAUGGCUGCAAGAGAUGAGGCAGACAUUUGGUGAGGUGGAAACCCGACAGAGUCAAUCUCAAGCCUCAAGUCGACGACCCUCGCCUACUGGAUCCCAGGCUUCUGAUACUAGGGCCCCCAAGAAGCGUCGCGUUUAA